GCGCUCAGCGGAAACACGUGACUUUGACACCUCCGGAAUUGAAUCGCCAAGCCGCUUCGCUUCCUUUGAUGUGAAACGGUUCGGAAACUAUUUUUCCACUCUGACAUUGUAACACACACACACACACACACACACACACACACACACAUAUACACACAUAUACACAUAUACAGCAGCCGGUAUGACCUCCUCCUGCAUGGACAGCACCUGUUCUUGUUAAAUUGAAUCUGAAUGUCCAGCGCCAUGUUGUUGUUCACCUCAUUAGCUUAUCUCUCUGUAAUAUGCGCUGGCCCGACGCGCGGGGAUUCAAGCUUUACGCAACUGGACGGCGCACCUCCUUCUAAAAUCGCUGUUGUUGGCGCUGGAAUCGGCGGAACCGCGACAGCGCAUUUCCUGCGGCAGCAUUUUGGACCGGAAGUGCGCAUUGACGUGUUCGAGAAGCAGGAGGUCGGUGGUCGCUUGGCAACCGUCACUGUUAACAACCAAGCCUACGAAACUGGCGGCUCCAUCAUCCAUUCCCUCAACUUGCACAUGCAGGACUUUAUGAAACAGCUGGGGCUGAAAUAUCGAAAGAGUGUGGCAGGCAAGAUGGCCGUGUCGAAUGGUAAGGAGCUCGUUCUGGAAGAGACCGACUGGUACUUGCUCGACCUGUUCCGCCUGUGGUGGCGUUACGGCAUCAGCUUUAUCCGGAUGCAAAUGUGGGUUGAGGAGAUCAUGGAGAAGUUCAUGAGAAUCUAUAAAUACCAGGCUCACGGCUACGCAUUCAGUACAGUGGAUGAGUUGCUAAAUUCGCUGGGCGGGUCAGGAUUUCUCAACAUGACCCGUCGCUCUCUGUCCGAGUCGCUGUUGGAGUUGGGUGUGUCUCAGCGGUUCAUUGAUGAAGUCGUGGCUCCGAUCAUGUGGGUCAACUACGGCCAGAAUGUCAGUAUUCCAGCCUUUGUCGGUGCCGUUUCACUGGCUGGUGCACAAGCCAAUCUGUGGGCAGUGGAAGGAGGGAAUAAAUUAGUUUGUUCUGAACUUCUAAAACUGGCAAAGGCCAACCUGAUCCGUUCACAAGUUACCACCGUUUCCCUUCAGCCAGCAGGUGAAUCCUACCAGUACAAGCUCGAUUACACUACUCAAGCUGGGAUUGCAUCAGAUAUCUACGACAUAGUUAUCAUAGCCAGUCCUCUCCAGCAAAAUGUCAACUCAGGAAUCUCUUUCCUAGGCUUCGAACCCCAGCUAUCAGAGAUGACCGGGUCUUACCACACAAUGGUGGCCUCUAUUGUCCAUGGUUAUCUCAACUGCACUUACUUUGGCUUCCCUGACCCCAAGCUUUUCCCCUUCACCAGUGUGCUGACCACAGAAAUGGCUGAUCUCUUUUUCAACAGCGUCUCUAGCAUCUGCCCCGUCAACAUCAGCACCGUCUUUCGUCGCAAACAGCCACACGAGGCCGGCGUCUACAAAGUCUUCUCCCCUAAACCACUGGAAAAGGAUGAGCUAAAGACCCUUUUUAAGUCUUACUACUCUGUGCAGGUCACUGAUUGGAAGGCAUACCCUCGAUACGGAAGCUCUCAGGAGAUGCCACCUAUGAUCCUGCAUGACGGUCUUUAUUACCUCAAUGGAAUUGAAUGGGCAGCGAGUGCCAUGGAGAUGAGCUCUGUGGCUGCUAAGAACAUUGCGCUUCUGGCUUACCAUCGCUGGACCAGGCAGCUUGAGAUGAUUGACCAGCAGGACCUCAUGCACAAGAUCAAGACGGAACUGUGAUGCUUUAUGACCAACAACAGUUUUCUGUAAAAAAAAAACAAAAAAAAACAAACAAAAUAUUUUUCAUUAAAAAAAUCUAGCCAGCACUAGCUGAAGACUAUUGUGUCCUGAAUCUGAAAUUGAGUGCUUUGCUUUGGAGGACAUGGCCCUUUCCACAUCUGCUACAAAAUUUCCAGUCAUUGUUUUGAUAAAAUGGUUACUGCUGAAUUUAAAAAAAAAAAAAAAAAUUAAUGAGAGCUAAAGUGGUUUGGGAUUUUUUUUUUCCAUCAGAUUUUUUUUUUUAAAUCUUAAAUGUGUGGUUUGCUUGCGUAAUUAGUUAGUUGGAAUAAAGAUCUGCUGUUCUCAACCAAAGAUUCUUUCUAGAUCAUUCUUAUAGCAAUGUAACACACGUAUCUUCUUCAUGUAACACCUGAUUUAUUGUCACAUUUUGCACUAAUACAGUAUUGGCUUUUGUACAGUCUAAUUACUACACAGUUCAUUCAUUUCAUGGUUCCAUUGGUUAGUUUUUUUUAAUGCAGAGAAAUGAAAUAUGGAUAACAAUAGAUUAUUAGAAUACUUUAAGAUUUAGUUACACUGCGUACAUUUAAUGGGGAAGUCAUUUUAAGAAGUCGGACUGUGUCUAAAUGGUUUAACGAGCGUUACAAGGAAACUUUCAUUUCAAGUAACAAAAUACUACGUUGUUUUUGUCACUUUACUUCAUCCGUGUUCCCUAAGUCCCGCCUCCUGCACUGCUUAACGCCCAAAGCACCUCUUUAUGGAUAUGGAUUAUUAGCCAAUCCCAGCACAGGAGACAGGAUCGACACGUGUCGUUGAUGAACUUGAUCACUUCCUGGUCUGCGAAUCCUGUUUGCGUAUAAUUCUUAACCGUAUUUUUGUGAAUUUUUUAUUUAUUUAUUUAUAUUUUUUUUUUUAACAAUUAUUAGGAUGCAUACCAACAGAGCAGAAUGCAUGAGCAUUACUUUGCUAUACCAAUAUCUGUAGUGACAUUGUUUUGGGUGUUUGUUGGUAGAGCUGUGCCGUUGCUCAUUCCCAAGGGGGCUGAACAUCCUUCGUUAAAACUCGUUACAAACUCAAAAAUGUUUGCCUUGUUUUUCUCAAAAGGGUACUUAAUGUACCAUGAGGAGCCCUUAGUGAUCUCAACCAAUCGUGGCGGAAAGAGACUUACUGAUGAUUUGCAUAUUUCAGGGAUCAACCGGACGGGUUCAGGAUUCACAUCUUAUAUAAAUGUGCAUGAAGCCUUAGGAAAUUAGUCUUAAAUAUCAUUCAUUAAUAAAUGUCGUGCUAUUCUGUAUUUUUCCUUUAGUGUUCUCGUGACCAUGUUGGUGCUGACACCAAUCUGCUGCUAUUUGUUGUAAGUAUCCCCCCCCCCACACUUUUUUCUUCACUUUUUAAUUCCCUUUUUCAUGCAAGUAAAAAUUUAAGCAUGUAAAGUUUUUAAAAUUCUGAUCAGCAAUACAAUGCACAAUGGUU